GUUUUGGUGGUUAGACAAGACCUGAAGAUGGGAGUAUGAAAGAUUGCGGCCCAAUGUGCUCAUGCUGCUACUGGGAUGUAUUCAGAACUGAUGCAAAAAGCAAUCCUAUUUUGAGGUUGAAGGCCUCGAUGGAACCACCAGGGCUGACUGAGGGGCUCACAAAUAGCAAACAAGAGAGCAUAAUAGGAACUCAAAAUGGGUCUGAUCUGUUCAAUGAAAUGAAACAUCAGUUUCUGAGUUUCAAAAGGGAGAACUUGGAAUGCUAUGAAAAUCUUGCCAAGAGUCAAGCACCGAAGUUCAUGGUCAUUGCUUGUGGAGACUCUAGGGUUUGUCUCUCCUACAUCCUAGGAUUUCAACCCAGAGAAGCCUUUGUAGUCCGCAAUGUGGCAAAUCUGGUGCCCCCAUUUGAGAAUGGACCAACAGAAACAAAUGCUGCCCUUGAAUUUGCCGUCAAUUCUCUAGAAGUUGAAAAUAUACUAGUCAUUGGCCACAGAAUCAGCGCCAGCUAUCUCAAGUUAUGA